AUGCAAUUCAAUAAAGGCAGAAUCAAAGGACCCUGCUCAUUAGAACUUACAAUCUACGAUGGAGGGUCAAGUGAUACAAAAGAAAACACAACACCAAACACUGCCAGCAGUGCCAGCACACUUCUCAGUAGCAGAAACCAAUCUAAGGUAUCAUUAGUUCUAAUUUCUAAUACUAAUUUGUGUUUGUUUGUUUUUUGUUACACAAAGGCAUCACAUAAGAACAAUACCACAGUUAUUUUCCUUCUGGGGUUCCAUGACAUGGGCAGAUUUAAUGUAUUGCUCUUCAUCUUGCUGCUUAUCGUUUACUGUGUGACAAUAUGUGGCAACUCCUUGAUCAUCACACUGGUGUCCAUCAGCAAGAACCUUCACUCUCCCAUGUACUUCUUCCUCACCCAACUAUCCAUAGCUGACAUCUUGUUGACUACAGAUAUUUCCCCUUUCAUGCUAAAUAUUGUACUACAUGAAGGGACCUCCAUAUCUUUUCCUGGAUGUAUUACUCAGCUUUAUUUUUUCAUUUUAGCUGAGGGUUUCGAAUGUCUUCUUCUGACGAUGAUGUCCUACGACCGCUACCUGGCUAUUUGUUCUCCAUUGUAUUAUUCCUCCAUUAUGAACCACAUGCUUUGCAUUAAAUUAAUUGUUGCCUCUUGGUUCUUAGGCUCUUUGGUUGCACUGAUUCUGGUACAUGGAAUAGCUCAACUAUAUUUCUGCAGGUCAAAUACGAUUGACCAUUUCUUCUGUGAUUUUUACCCUGUGAUGGACAUUUCUUGCUCAGAUAUGUCUUUGCCUCAAAUAGAAGCCCCCUUAUUGUGCUUUCUCGUGAUUGUCCUGCCAUUCUUUGUGAUAGUAAUUUCAUAUGUGUGUAUUGUUUUAACCAUAAUAAAAAUAUCUUCCAGCUCUGGAAAACUAAAAUCCUUCUCAACGUGUAGCUCCCACCUGACAGUGGUGUCCAUAUUUUAUGGGACUCUAAUUGCCACAUACAUAAUUCCAAAUGAAGGACAGACAAAGAUUCUCAGUAAAACGUUGGCAUUUCUAUACACUGUGUUCACCCCACUACUAAAUCCUUUUAUAUACAGUUUGAGGAAUGAAGACAUUAAAGAAGCUUUAAGAAGAAUCAUAUAUAAGCAAAAUGCUUCCUAUUCAAAGACUUGAAUGAAACAUACGAAACAACUUGAUGUAUAAACUUUUUCUAAUAAUCC